CCCUCGGCGGGCGGGGCGGGCCGGGAGCCGCCCCCGGCGGAGCCGCGGGAGCCGCGGGCGGCGGAGCGGGAUGAACCAAGACUUCCCCAGCUGAGCUCUGCCAGCGGCUCCCGGGGAGGCACCAAAUGGUCUCUGUGAGCUGCCAGGACCUGCUGCCCUCCCUGCCCAGCCCUUCCCUGCUCGAGAGCCUGGCCAGUGCCCUGCAGUGCAGGAUGCCACCGUCCCUUCUGCCAGGACACGGCGGUGACAGGACAUGCGGCCACCCGGAGGGCACCGGCCACGCCGAGGGUGCCAAGGAGGAGCCCCCCAAAGCCCAGCUCAGCGAGGCUCAGCUCAGGCUGCCUGACUUCUGCCUCUCGCAGCACUUCAUCCCCACGCUGGAGGAGAUCGAGGAGUUCCUCAGGGACAAGGCAGAGCUGCCCAGGGACGAGGCAGGAGAGCCUCACCCCGAGGGGUGGAAGGUGGAGAGCAAGGCUGAGCACGGCUCUGGGGCACAGCCCAUCCCCAGAGCGCACGAGGGAGGAGCAGGACACGUCCCAAACGCUGUGGGGACAGCUGCUGGUGACCAGGCACUGGCUGCUGGUGACGAUAUGGUGGCUGCUGAUGACCAGGCAUUGGCUGCUGGUGGCCAGGCGCUGAUUGCUGGUGACCAGGUGGUGGCCACUGGUAACCAGGUGGUGGCCGCUGGUGACCACGUGGUGGCUGCUGGUGACCAGGUGGUGGCUGCUGGCCAGGCACUAGCUGCUGCUGACCAGGUGGUGGCCGCUGGUGACCAUAUGGUGGCCGCUGAUGACCAGGCAUUGGCUGCUGGUGGCCAGGCGCUGAUUGCUGGUGACCAGGUGGUGGCCGCUGGUGACCAGGCACUGGCUGUUGGUGACCAUGUGGUGGCCGCUGGUGACCAGGUGGUGGCCACUGGUGACCAGGCACUGGCUGUUGGUGACCAGGCACUAGCUGCUGGUGACCAUGUGGUGGCCGCUAGUGACCAGGUGCUGGCUGCUGGCAGCAUCCCCGUUGUCCUGCAGCUCCAGCCUCUCCCCAUGGACAGCAUCACCCCCCCAGCCCAGCCUGGGGGUGUCAGGGUGGCCCAGCUGCUGAUCAGCCUGCAGAGCCCGAACCUGCCCGUCCUGCCUCAGCUCCAGCCCCCUGGCACCAUCCUGGACCAAAAAUACGUCAGAAUCGCCCCUCUGCCGGUGCCCACGGGGCCGGGGGACGUGCAGGAGGCCGAGGCAGCCCCCGGGGCCCAGCAGGGCCCCCCAUCCCUGCUCCGCACGCACCGCUGCUCCCACCCGGGCUGCGGGAAGGUUUAUUCCAAGAGCUCCCACCUGAAGGCUCAUUUCCGCCGGCACACGGGGGAGAAGCCCUACACCUGCGCCUGGCCCAACUGCGGCUGGAGGUUCUCCCGCUCGGACGAGCUCUCCCGCCACAAGCGCUCCCACUCCGGCCUCAAGCCCUACCAGUGCUCGGCCUGUGAGAAGAAGUUUGCCCGCAGUGACCACCUGGGCAAGCACCUGCGGAUCCACCGGGGCCAGCCCCGCAGCCCAGGGGCGCUGCCGGGGGCCAGCACGUCCUGACUGCCACCGUGUGUGCUCUGUCCCCACGUGUCACA